AUGAGUAAGGAUGGACCUCAAGUUCGUUCAGGCUGCCUGUACCUGUACAGUUUCAAUGAGGACAGCUCUGGGACGCCCCUGGUUGAGGUCCAGAGAAGAGAUACCUCCGCAAUCCUGGACAUGAAAUGGUGCCACAUUCCUGUGGGAGGCCAUGCUCUUCUAGGAGUGGCCAAUGCCAGUGGGUCUAUAGAGUUGCUUCGCCUGGUGGGGUCUGAGAAGAGCAGUUACACCCUACAGCCAAUAUCCAGCCUUACUGUGGAGGAGCAGGGUUUGUCCUUGUCCCUGGACUGGUCUACUGGGAAAUCUGGAAGGGUCAGUGACCAGCCCUUGAACAUCAUCAGCAGUGACUCCAAGGGGCAGCUGCACCUCCUGACGGUGAACGAGGCAGGGUCUGGACUGCAGUGCGUGGCCUCCUGGCAGGCACAUCACUUUGAGGCCUGGGUUGCUGCUUUCAAUUACUGGCAAACCGACAUUGUGUACUCAGGAGGGGAUGAUGGUCUUCUCAGAGUCUGGGACACCAGGACUUCUGGCACGUCUCUCUUUAUCAGCAAGAGACAUUCCAUGGGUGUGUGCAGCAUCCAGAGCAACCCCCACAAGGAGCACAUUCUGGCUACAGGAAGCUAUGAUGAGCACAUUCUACUGUGGGACACUCGGAACAUGACCCAGCCGUUAGCUGACAGGCCCGUGCAGGGUGGGGUGUGGAGGCUCAAGUGGCACCCAGUCCACCACUAUCUUCUCCUGGCAGCCUGCAUGCAUGGUGGCUUCAAGAUCCUCAACUGUCAGAGGGCUAUGGAAGAGAAGCAGGAAGUGACAGUGUUGGUGUCUCACACAUUGCCCAAUUCACUGGUGUAUGGGGCUGACUGGUCCUCGCUCCUCCAACCCAUGCAGCCCAGACCCUGCACCUUUCCUCCAUGUGACACGGGAGCCAGGGUGGCAGACCAGGUCUGCAGCCGGAAGGUUGCAAGUGGACUACUAGCGUCCUCAUUUGAGCAAAGAGUGGACACAGUGGACUCAAGUAGCAGCUGGUGCCAGCAUCACACUACUGCCAAGAUCUGUGACUCGGACCUCCAGUCCGAAGGGGAAGAUUUUGACAUCCACUUCCUGGCCACCUGCUCCUUUUAUGAUCACGUCCUCCACCUCUGGAAGUGGGAGGCGAGCUGAGCCUGACCACCUGACUUGGUGCCAGCCCUUCUGGCUGGGCCUUUGUGAUUGUACCUGACAGUGGAAUGGUAUUGCCCAACUACCUAAUUUUUAAGCUGUAUUUUGACUUUCAGCCCAUCAUACAUUUAAGCAAUUGUUUAUACUAAAUUCUUUUUAUUACCUUGUAACAUGAAAAAGUUUGUUGUAGUUUUUAUUUUUUUGGUGCAGUGUUUCUUUGUAGAAUAAAAGGUGUAUACAUAUUCUA